CUGAAUCUACAGAAUCUAUUAUUUUUGUUAAACCUACUACAUCUAUUUCUGUAUCUAUUGUAUCAAUUAAAUCUGGUGAAAUAUCAAUAUCUACAACCAAGUCUACUAAAUCAACAUCUAAAAAAACUAAAUCUAAAGCAAUAUCUAGAAGAAUUAAAUCUAAUACUAUAUCAAAUAAUACAACUAUUAAGAAAACUAAACAAUCCUAUUAG